UAGUAUUAAGGUGAAUUAACCAAUGAAAACUCCUGAUUCCACUCAGCACCAGCCAUUCGGAAAACGUCAGAUGAACUUGUCUCAUGCGGCAUUUUGAUAAGCAGAAAGAAGAACGCACAUAUUCAACUGUUUCAGUUACAAUUUACGAAGAUAUAAUGCAGGCAGGUGAGGACUCGUACCCCUUCUUUGAAAAGUGCCCCUUCUUUGAAAAGUGCUGUGGUCCCAUCCAUCGUCUUCAACCGGUCACCCUCGACGUCCAUCUUCACGAAUAAACAGAUCAUUCCUCUCUGCAUCUGGACACAGAAACUUCUGUUUGUUCGAUCCGAUUCCUUCUCCUGUUCAGCACAAUUCAGCCCAACUUCACACCUCCGACCCUUCGAAUGGCGACCCAGAGCAAUGCCCUCGCUUCUUCCAUCGAUUCGAACUCUGGGUUCUGCGCAAAAACCGGAAUUUACCACAGCCUCAGGCCUCCCGCCCCGCUUCCUCAGCCGUCCGCGCCAAUCUCCAUCACCGACUACGUCUUCUCUCACCUCGCCUCCCAUCCCCCACCGGCGACCGCCGCCGCUCUCCUCGACGCGGACACUUCCCGCCGCGUCGCGUACCCGGAGCUCAUCCGCCGCGUCAGGUCUCUGGCCUCCUCUCUCCGCUCCCGCCUCGGCCUCUCCAGAGGCGACUGUGCCCUAAUCAUCUCCCCGAAUUCGCUCGACAUUCCGGUCCUCUACCUCUCUCUGCUCUCCAUCGGCGUCGCGGUCUCUCCCUGCAAUCCUACCAGCACUGCUCCGGAGAUUCUCCACUUAAUCCACCUCUCGAGACCUUCGAUCGCGUUCGCCACGUCCAAAACCGCUGGCAAAGUCCCUUCCCCCCGGCUCGGCACGGUUCUAAUCGACUCGCCGGAGUUCGAGUCCCUGACGAGGGUGGUGGCUCCAACCGGCGAUCCCGACCAAAUUGGUGUCUCGCAAUCGGACACGGCGGCGAUCCUGUACUCGUCGGGCACGACGACGGGGAAAGUGAAGGCCGUGGCGCUGACCCACCGGAACCUGACGUCACUGGUGGCCGGAUCCUACGCGGUGACAGCGGCGAGGGCCUCCCCGGCGGUCGCGCUGUGCACGGUGCCGUACUUCCACGUGUACGGUUUCACCUAUUGCGUGAGGUCGCUGGCGAUGGGGGAGACGCUGGUGUGCACGGGGAGGUUCCGCGUGGAGGAGAUGGGAAGAGCGAUCGAGCGGUUCGGGGUCAGCCACUUGGCGGUGGCCCCGCCGGUGGUCGUGGCGAUGGCGAAGGGCGGGAGAGCGACGGAGGGCCACGAUUUCGGCUCGCUCGAGGUGGUGCUUUCCGGCGGCGCCGCGCUUCCCGCGGCGGUCGUCGCGCGGUUUAAGGAUCGCUUCCCCCAUGUGCGGUUGGCUCAGGGAUAUGGGCUAACUGAAUCGACGGGAAGAGCCUUUGGGACGGUUGGUCCAAAGGAAUCCGCAGUAGUCGGCGCAGUCGGAAAGCUCGUACCCAACUGCGAAGCUAAGAUCGUCGACCCUGACACCGGAGCAUUCUUGCCGCCUUGCAAAGUCGGCGAACUUUGGCUCAGAGGAUCUUCCACUAUGAAGGGUUAUGUCGGAGAUCAACAAGCCACCAGGGCGAUUUUCGAUGCGGAAGGGUGGUUGAGAAGUGGCGAUCUCUGUUACAUCGAUGGACAAGGCUUCCUCUUUUUCGUGGACCGCAUAAAGGAGAUCAUCAAAUAUAAAGGUUACCAGGUCGCGCCAGCGGAGCUGGAGAAUCUUCUUCAAUCCCAUCCGGACAUCAUAGAAGCUGCCGUUGCCCCAUAUCCUGAUGAAGAAGCUGGUCAGAUACCCAUGGCCUUUAUUGUGAGGCGACUGGGAAGCACUGUCGAUGAGUUGAGCAUUAAAGCGUUUGUUGCAAAAAUGGUUGCCCCCUACAAGAAAAUCCGACGCGUUAUGUUCAUCGAUUCCUUACCUAAAAAUGCAGCCGGUAAAGUUUUGAGGAGGGAGCUGACCAAGCUUGCGUCACUGGAAGGUGCUAGUAAACUGUGAAUUUGGAGCUCGCCAAUGGGUAUGGCGUCACUCCCAUUUUACAUGCUGUGAAGCUUUACAUGUUUUAGUUUCCUUCACUCCUAUAGUGGAAACUGGCGGCCCACGUUCAUCCAUUCAUAUGACAAAAAUUGUCAGACCAGA